AUGCAAUAAUGACGAUAAAAUGGCGGCAGAGAUUCAAAGGCAAAAAGCGCAUAACAACACAGAAGCAACAAAAAUUAAAGUUCAACAAAAAUACCAACACAAACGCGAUGCUGCCGCUCAAGCAGAUGACGAACAUUGCCGAAAAUCACGCUCACUGCCCUUUGGUCAGCAGUGAUAGCUACAAAGGACAUAAAAACAACCGGCAUUACGCGCCAGCCAAGGGAUGCACUAAAACGUAUAAGCAACAACAACAACAACAGCAACAAGAUUGCAAUCAACUCGAGUGCAAAAACCAUGCUGGACCACAGCAACAAUGUAAAAUGGAUGUUUUCGAAGAUUCCACAUACGCUCGGUGGCGCCUUGCCGGGCACUCAGCCAAUGCACGCGACUACGCCGCCGCGGCGAUCAUAAAACGUGCCGCGCUUACAAAGGCAACCAAUGCAACAGCAACACCGACGUCAAUUCAACGUAAAUCGGCAAUAACAACAAAAACGAGAGCAAUGGUUAAAGCAACAACGACGACUACCACAAUGCAGGCAGCCGUAGCCGUAGCCGCAGCCGCAGCUACAGCAAAAGAGGCGAAAACAAAGCCACACAUCACCACUAGCAGCCACUUGAAUUGGCGGCAACCAAGUUGCAUGCUGACUUUGGAUUUUAAUCUUUUUGGGCGAUUUUUCUUGCCACCGAUUGCAAAAACAAGAGCAACAGCACGUGCGAAAAAUACAAAGGCCCGCGAGUCUACCACCAGUGGCUGCAACAUCCGCCGAGCGAAAUCAACGCUUACUAGUAGCAGCAUCAUCACUGCCCUAACGCUGGUGCCACUGCUGGCUUUAUGCUUCCUAUGUAUUACACCGGCAGCCAGCACAUCAGUGACAACCACACACACCAAUACAGCAAUGUCUUCCACCUCUCUUUCAACUGCCACUGCCAC